AUGCUGGACUCCCUCUUGACGGUGGCAGUGGUAGCCUCCACUUCUCUGACUAUAGUCCUCCUGCUGCUGCCAAGCCGAUAUAUCAAAUCCUCACCCUCGAGAGAGACGGCAUCCGGACCAGGGAGUGAGCCCAAAGUCUCCGUCCAAGUGCUGGUCCUCGGAGACAUUGGGCGCAGCCCGCGGAUGCAAUACCAUGCUAUGAGCAUAGCAAAACACGGCGGCAGGGUAGAUAUUAUAGGAUACAGGGAAUCCGCGCUUCAUCCCGGGCUUGUCGAUAACAACCUAAUAACGAUUGUGCCGUUACCUCCUCCGCCUCAAAUCCUCCGAUCGAAUACGCUACCGUUCAUACUCGCAGGACCUCUGAAAGUGCUAUGGCAGAUAUGGACUCUCUUCCAAGCACUUAGCUACCGCACAAAGCCAGCGCGAUGGCUUCUUGUACAAAAUCCCCCUUCAAUACCAACCCUCUUUGUCGCAAUAGUAGUCUGCUUUCUCCGAAAUACCCACCUAAUAAUCGACUGGCACAAUUAUGGUUGGACAAUUCUCGCAGGUACCCGGGGUCCUUCACACCCCUUCGUCACUCUCUCCAAGUACUAUGAGGCCUUUCUCGGCCGCUGGGCUCCUACAGCCUCAUUCACAGUCACACACGCCAUGGCGCGACAACUCCGGAAUGAGCCAUACAACAUCCGUUCUCCGAUCUUCACAUUGCAUGACCGACCUGCUGCCAUUUUCCAACCUAUAGCUAGUCCCGAGGCGCGGCAUACUUUUCUAAAACGUUUGCCGGAGACGAACAAAUAUGCGCAGGAUAUCAUUACCGGAAAAACAAGGUUGUUGGUGAGCAGCACAUCAUGGACGCCAGACGAAGAUUUCAGUCUCCUUCUCGAAGCAUUGUGCUCGUAUUCUUCGUCCUCCACGUCCAAGCCACUUCCUUCAAUACUCGCUAUCAUUACCGGUAAAGGACCCCAGAAACAAAUGUACCUUGACCGGAUAUCCUCCCUCACCAAAUCCUCCAAACUCAACAACGUUACCGUCUCUACUGCUUGGCUUAGCGCCGAAGACUAUGCCACCUUGUUGGCAUGCGCAGACUUAGGAGUCUGUUUGCAUAAGAGUAGCAGUGGGGUCGAUUUACCCAUGAAGGUGGUGGAUAUGUUUGGAGCAGGCUUGCCGGUAGUAGGAUAUGAAGCUUACGAGAGCUGGAUCGAGUUGGUCAAGGAGGGUGUGAAUGGGAGAGGUUUCGUGACGAGUGGAGACUUAGCUCGGGUUCUCGAGGAGUUGUUUAGAGACCAGGAGGGGAGGGAGCUAGCGAUAUUGAGAAAAGGGGCAGUAGAGGAAGGAAGGAGGCGGUGGGACGAGGAGUGGGAUAGUGUUGCGGGAAGACUUAUUGGCAUAUGUGAUCAGACCUAA